CUCCUCACUCAUCCUCUCUCUCUCUCUCUCAAAAGACACAGAAAUGGCAUCACACUACUGGAUAGCAUUUUCUCUCUUCUUCUUGAUAACAAGCUCACAAGCUAAAGAGUUCUUGGUCGGAGGAGCUGCGGGAGCAUGGAAAGUCCCAUCAUCACCUUCAGAAUCACUAAACAAAUGGGCCGAGAUCAACCGUUUCCAAGUCGGAGAUUCUCUCGUGUUUAAGUUUGCCGACAAGAAGGAUUCAGUACUAAAAGUAAGCAGAGAAGAUUACUUGGCUUGCCGGAUAUCGGCGCCGUUGGAGGAGCACAAGGAUGAUGAGAAGAAUGCCCUUGUGAAGUUGGAUAAGUCUGGUGCUUUUUACUUUGUAAGUGGAAACCAGAAAGCUUGUGAACAAGGUGAAAAGCUUAUUGUGGUGGUGAUGUCCACGAGGCAUAGGUUGGCUCCGGCGCCUUCUCCGGUGGAGUUUGAUGGACCGGCGGUUGCUCCGACGAGCAGUGGUCAUAAGGUUGGGAUGUUUGGAGGUGGUCUUGUUGCUUGUUUGGUUGUGUUGUUUGGGUUGAUGCUUUGAGAUCCUGAUUAGAGGAUUAUUUAUAUAGUUUUUUUUCCUUUUUUGGGCUUUGGGUAGUAUUUAAUGGUUUUUUUUUAUUGAAUAUUAUAGUUGUUAGUGUAGCUAUUCUCCAUUGCUACUGCUAUAUAUGUACUCAUUUGAUUUAUUGUUCUAGCCUUGAAAUUGAUCUUAUUUU